UCGGACAUUUGUCUAUGAACUUUGUGUUUUUUACAAGCUGAGGACAGUGACCCAGUGAGCCGUCGUCAUACUGUGCUUGCGUUAACAACUUUGUUUCAUAUCUUGGUCGAUACAGGACAGGAACGAUGUCUGGAAGCAAACCUCUCCCGGUGGUUUCUGUGCAACCGACCAGGGGUCUUGUAGAUGAGAAGUUUAAAGUCACUGUCCAGAAUUUGCUCCCCGGAGAAGAGGUCACUCUGCACGCGCUGAUUCAUUCUGAAGACGGCGACUACUGGGAGGCCUUUGCCCACUAUGUCAGCGACGCUGCGGGAGAAGUGAAAGUGGCGGAGGAUGCGAGCGUGGGAGGCUCGUACCAGGGCACGGAGCCCAUGGGGCUGCUAUGGAGCAUGAAGCCGGUGCCAGGGAGUCGAACAGGGCUCAGGUUACGGAAGAAAGAUGUCAGCACUCCUAUGGUGGUGCAGAUCUCUGUGUACAGAGGCCACAUCAGCCGUGGCUUUAAGGAGACGUCGCCCUUAGCGUGUGCUGUUGCCGAGCGCUGGUACACGGCCCCUGGUGUGCGCAGGGUCGACAUUGAAGAAAAGGGGGUCAGAGGGACACUUUUCCUGCCACCAGGUCCUGGACCCUUCCCUGGAGUGCUGGACAUGUGGGGAGGGGGAGGAGGGCUGGUGGAGUAUCGCUCUGCUCUCCUGGCAUCACAUGGAUACGUUUCCAUGGCGCUGGAGUACAUGACACCAAAGACCAUGCCCUCUGGGAAGGAUUCAUACGUGGGGCACCAGUACUUUGAGACUGCGUUUGCCGUCCUGAGGGACCACCCCCAGGUAUGCAGUGACCGGGUGGCCAUGCUCGGCCUGUCCUUCGGCACCUCCGUUGCCCUGGCGAUGGCGGUGUACUCCUCCCUGAUCGAGCCUAGUUGCCUGGUGUGUGUCAGUGGAAGCCAUGUCCAGCCUGUGAAAGGAUCUCUGUCUGAUGUCUUUGCAGAGAUCAACAAAAAUGUCCACAGGACCAGAUAUGAUGAGGAGAAGAGGGUGAUCUGGAGGGAUCUCCUCUUGCCCAUACCCUCUGACCCCACCAAGAAGGUUGAUGUGGGGAAGAUCCGAUGUCCUCUGCUGUUGAUCGUGGGAGAAGAUGAUCAGAACUGGCCAACAUCCGAGUCGGCCGAAGAUAUGAAGAAGAUGAUGAAGGAAGGUGGGAACAGUCACUUGCUGACCACGCUGUCGUACCCCGGGGCGGGUCACCUGAUUGAGCCACCCUACACCCCACACUUUCGCUCCAGUAACUUCAUGGUAGCACAGACAAGGGAGAAAGUGGUUGUGCUGUGGGGGGGUGAGACCAAGGCGCACUCUUAUGCACAGGAACACUCCUGGCAGAGGACCCUGGCCUUCCUGCGGCAGCAUCUGUACAAAUCGGAUCGCUCCAAUCUGUGACACGUGAAGCAUGUGACCAAGCUGAAGCAAUCUGGGACCUGCUGCUCUAUAUUUACAUUAAUGAUCAGCCUUAUUUCAGAUGAGGAAAACUGUGUGCAACAUGAAAAAGAUGGCAUGGAGUGCAGCAGUUCACCCAAAUCUGUCUGGAUCUACAAAUUGUGCCAAAGCUGUAAAAAGGCAAACAGGAUGUGGGCUGUAUGGCUAAAACUAUUGAAGUAAAGGAGGUUACGUUAAUGUCAUAUUGUGCCCGCACCAGCCAGACUAAAGCAUUGUAUAACAAGAGCACAGAAAUACUGACACUAAUGAAUGUAAUGAAGGUAAUAUAAUGUAGACAAUGAUUCAGGGCUUAAUGUCUUUUCUCUCUGCAACAGAGGGCUUGGAGAGGAUUUCAGUGAGGUUUUUUUGUUUUUAGUAGUUUCAUUAUUCCUUUCAUCUUUUUGAAUCACCUGUUGUACUGCAUGACUGAUGAUGUACAGAAGUGUCUCCCAGACAAACCCAUUUGUGAUUUAAGACCCAAGGAGCUGAAUAAAGCAGGAGCAUUCAUGCUGGCGCUCCUGAAUGUGACCAGCACACACUGGGCUUAAGUGUGGGCUAAUUUCAGACGGUCAGCACAUGGGCUUUGCUUAUCCCAGUCAAGUGCAUUACGCUUGGCCACGCAUUGUAAUCAAA